AUGCUGCCGUACCUGUUCCCUGACCUCGCCGCCUUUCCCACAGUCGCUGACCUCAUUACGCACCUUUGCACUAGUGACGCCCGCUACCGCGCUGCGCUUCCUGCUGAGUUUUGUGCCAAGCCCCUUUUCUACCAUGAGCGCCUCCUGGCAGCUGAGAAGAGUAUAGUCGCUGUAAGAGCCUCUCGUGGUGACCCGCAUUCCCCCUUCUUUGAGGGGUGCUCCCCCUCCCCCCUUUUGCCCUCUGUUGCCUCUGCUGCUGCCGUCGACUUCGCUGGCACCGAGUCGCGGGGUGGGGGUGCUGGUCCCUGUGCCUACGUCCUGCGUACCGGCGACCGCACUGGCGAGCCGUCCGGUGGCCCGCACACCACCCAGCGCUGCUUCGGCCGCCUGACGGACGCUUCGCGUCACCAAUUCCCAGAUGCCACUGAGAUCCCCCGCUGGGGCGAGCUGCUUAGGUCGGGGGUUGCUGUCUUUGAUCUGGAUUAUGAUGCUAUUCUUGCUGCCAUGUAUGUUGUGUCUACUAGUGAUGAGGGUGACUGUUACCUGUGUGUUCCGCCUGACCCAGGCAUUGAGGCUGCUGCUCUAGGUACUGGUGAGGCUGCUGCUCUAGGUGCUAGUGCGUCUGCUGCCCCAGGUGCUGGUGGGUCUGCUCUCUCAGGUACCACGUCGGCUCAGGCCUUACACACCUUCACCCUUGACUCGGGUGCUUCCCGCUCCUUCUUUCGAGACCGCACCACGCUUACGCCGCUUAGUCGGCCAAUUGCGGUCUCCCUGGCGGACCCCUCUGGGGGUUUUGUCCUUGCCCACUUCUCCACUGUCUUAUCAUGUCCGGCGGCCCCCUCUGGCACCCUGUCAGGUCUCUGCCUCCCCUCGUUCUCUAUAAACUUGGUGAGUGGUGCUGAUCUUCAAGAUCAGGGGGUUGACCCGUUCACUCCUGCGAGUCAGCGGGUUACCCACUGUACCUGUGCUCGGAUGGGCCGACACUUGGCCACGUUUACCCGUCAGCCGGGGUCGAGCCUGUACACACUGACUUUUGAGUCUUCACCGGUUGCUGAGUCUAGUUAG